GAUGAACUAAAGUUAUGGUUUUCAAAGGACUCAACAUGCACAAUAAAAACUUUGGGGGAAAAACCGUCUUGUUCUUGUCAUUAAUGUUGUGAUUGUGCCAUUUAAUUCAUCAAUGUGCCAUCCUGUGCAUACACUACUUGUAAUUCGGUAAUUGGCAGAGGGUAUCCAUUUUCUUCUUUUUUAAGCCAAUUAUUGACCCCCUAAAAUGACAAGUUGAUGCCAGUAUACACAUUUAAAAGUGUAAAACAAACAUUUGUUCUGAACUGUAGGGCUGAACUUCAAAAGUCACUGACUGAAAUUCCUCAACGUCGAAUAUUGAAAAAUGCCCUGUCAUUCAAUACUAAAGUUGAAUACUUAAAUGUCAUCUUCGUCAGUGAGCCAAUUAGCGUGCAGCAUGUACCAAGAUUUUAUAAUGCAGUUUAACAUGAAAAAGGCUCCAUUAACAGAAAAUGUUCACGUUUGUGUAUUUUAAGAGGCUUGAGUUGACUGUACCACAUAGCAGCUGAAAAAAGAAUCCGAACCGCAAUGCUAUUUGUUGUUAAAAUGGGUCGGUAUCGUGUAAAAAAAAAAAAAACAUAACAAAAACCCAGCCCUACUUGCACAAAAACAAGGAUGCAGCGUUUCGUAUCUCAAAUGUAGAAAGGGAUCAACUUAUUUUGGCCCAAAGUAAGAUUUGUAAUGAAUACUACAGAGCGACUAUGUAACGGUUUUCAUUAAGCAUGUUACCAUGGUGACGCAGUGACUCGGUUACAUUUACCACAGUGACCAGUUAGCCUAGCAUUGCUGCUCGGGGAUGUCUAGCUUGUACAAAUUGUCCAUUAUAAUAACCAUGUAUCGUAUGUUUGGUCUAUAACCGGGUUAUGUCUUAAACAGUUAUUUAAUGGCAGCUCCAACAUGAUGACUUUCCAGGUUAAUGCAUCGCUGCCUAACGUUACCGCAAAGGCUUUAUUGUCGGAGCGAAGCUCAAAUUGCGGCCCUGAUGCGGCUAGAUAUCCAGCAUACUGGAACGUUGGCAUGGGAGCAGGUGGAGGACAAGCAGCUGUCAGACAAAAUAGUCAAAUAAGGAGGACAUUGCCUGUGAUUCAACCCCUGAGCAAGUCCAGGGAUUGGAAAACCUUGGUUAGCGGCUACAUAGUUGGAGGGUCACCUAACCUGGCCAAAGAUGACAGACUGGGAACAGAGAUCAAUGGCCCAGAGAAGGACCUCUCUGGAAGACACUUUCUUUUUGAUAAACAAUGUGCGAGGUUAGAGAGGACCAGAACUGUGAUUCCUCCACUGGCAAGAGACUACCAUGUGCACAGACCCGGCAACCAGCAUCUCCUCAGCCUCUCCAAGAAGCUUUCCCACAGUCAUGCAGGGCGGCCUUUCGACCUGGGCUACCCUGAAAGAUAUGAACUGAAUACAACUCCAGCCAUCCUCUUUCCCUCCACUUUAGUCCUCAAAGGCAGAAGCACCUUCUCUGCUGAGAACUGCAAGCUUAGCAGGCCUAAGGUGAAUUAUCCAACCUACAACCUACUGACUGUUAAAGAUAAUCAAAAGAGCCAGUCCUAUCCAGACCCAGUGGUCGGAGCCUCUCGCUCUUUUAUCCACAGGAUAUCUGAGCUGUCCACCUUGGAGGGUGAGACGGUGAGACAAGAAAAGCUCAAGAAAAUGAGGAAAGCUAAAAAACCUUCAUCCUGACAAUCACCUUCUUCCCAGUCACUCUGGUCAAGGAUCAAAACCUUUGAGUCUGUGCCAACAACGUCGGAGCAAAAUAAAACUUUUAAGGCACCGUGUUCUUUUCAGUGGCUUGUUCUGACUGCUUGUUUGUCCUCAAUGGUAUUAGUUUUCUGCCUAACGUGGCUGGUCUUCACAUUUUGGGAUUCCUGACCUGAGCUCCUCUAUUAGUGAUUGCAUGUAGUAUUUACUGUGGUAAAUUACAGUGUUCACUAUGACAACAAAUGCUGAUGAUGAAUAUUAAAUAUUUUCUUUUCUGACUCACAGCUGUCGUAGUUUCCCACUCAACAUAUGCAUGAAAAUAUAUUUAUUUUACCUUUCUAAUGGCUGUUAUGUAAUUCUGCCAUAAUUAUUGCUGUAUCAUGAAUAUGUUGAAGAUGCUGUAAAGCUCCGAUCUCAUUACAAGGGUGUUUAAAACAUUGCCGUUGUACACGAAUCAAGCUGUGUGGAAUAUCUAUGUACAUAUUGAAUAGUUUAGCAAAACCAUUAUUGUGCCUUGUGAAACGUCUUCCUGGAAUUAAAUAAAUUUCUUUUUGUUAUUGUUA